AUGCAGCGGAGACCAAGAGGACUGAAUGCUGGGCUUAUGCUGCUCCUUUCUCAAAUCUUUCAUGUCGGCAUCAAUAAUAUUCCACCUGUCACCCUGGCCACUUUGGCUGUCAACAUCUGGUUCUUCCUGAGUCCUCUGAAGCCACUGUAUAGCUCCUGCCUCAGCGUGGAGAAGUGUUACCUAGAAAAGGACUGGCAGCGCCUGCUGCUCUCCCCCUUUCACCACGCGGACGACUGGCAUCUGUAUUUCAAUAUGGUGUCCAUGCUAUGGAAAGGAAUACAUCUGGAAAGAAGACUAGGAAGCCGAUGGUUUGCCUAUGUUAUCACCACGUUCUCCCUACUCACUGGCGUGGUGUACCUCUUCUUGGAAUUUGCUCUUGCAGAGUGUAUGGGUGAGCCCGGCUUCAAAAGGAGUUGUGCUGUAGGUUUCUCAGGAGUUUUGUUUGCUUUGAAAGUUCUUAACAACCAUUAUUGCCCUGGAGGCUUUGUUACCGUUUUGGGCUUUCCUGUACCCAACAAAUUUGCUUGUUGGGCAGAACUUGUGGCUAUUCACUUAAUCUCUCCAGGGACCUCCUUCGCCGGGCAUCUGGCCGGGAUCCUCGUUGGACUCAUGUACACUCACGGGCCUCUGAAGAAAAUCAUGGAAACAUGUGCAGGCAUUUUUUCCUCCAAUAAUGGCUACCCAGGACAGCAAUACUACUUUAAUAAUUCAGGCUACUCUGGAUCUCAGGAUUAUUACCCAUAUGCCAGGCCACGUUACCAGGAAGACGCAUCCAGGAACUAUGAUGCCUACACAGGAGGACUGAGUGAGGAGGAACAGCUGGAGAGAGCACUGAGAGACAGCCUCCGGGACCGAGGAAACAGCAGGAACACGCCCCCGUCCUAUGGGUUCCGGCUAACACCAGAGGAAGAAAUGAGGAGAAUGCGGCUUCACCGAUUCGAUCGCCAGUGA